CUACGCCGGAACCCGGCUAGAGUUUCCCGCGUAAAGUUCUUGCCUGUUCCCUCCUUCCUUCCUCUACCCCACCGGUGAGGUUAUGAAACUGCCAAGGAGGCGCCUCCUUCCCGCGCUUUUUGUCAGUUGAGUUCCCAAGUGGAGCUGCCUGACCAGCAAUCGCAUCGUUACAGAAGCGUGCGGUCUAGGCCGCGGGAGGUCAGAAUGGCCCCUGAGAAGCAGUCAAAGGGCAAGAAACAUCAGAAAUCAUGUGAGUGUCCAUCAGAAAAAGAGGCAAAAUCAACUGGGAAAAGGAAACGAGAUUAUAGAGAACUGGAAAAUGAGCCACAAGCAAAGAAACUACUUGUGAAAAAAUCCUCCAACCUUCUGGAGAAAAUUGGAAAAACUUUCUGUGGCUCCAUUAUCAGAAACACUGGAGUGUUUCUCCAUCAGCGAGAGAUGCAGAAGAACAUUGUCCAUUAUGUGUAUCAGAACAUGCUGGGUGGUGCUAUUGGGACACAGCUCAGAAAGUGUCUCCAAGUGCCUUUUGUACGUUCUCUCUACUCAUACCGCCUGUUCCGAACAGCGAGUCCUUUUGACAGGAGAAUUACAUGUUUGGAAUGGCAUCCAGCACACCCCAGCACAGUUGCUGUGGGCUCCAAAAGUGGAGACAUUAUUCUUUGGGACUACGAAGUGCUUAAUAAAGCCUGCUUCAUAAAAGGGAUGGGAGCUGGAGGAGCCAUCACAGGAAUGAAGUUUAACCCUUUUAAUCCUAGUGAGCUAUACACAUCAUCAAUUGCUGGAACUACUGCCCUGCAGGAUUUUAAUGGAAAUACAAUCCGGGUCUUCACCAGUACCGAUGACUGGGAUUACUGGUACUGCAGCGUUGAUGUAUCUGCAACUUGCCGGACUGUGGUGACAGGUGAUAACGUGGGCAAUGUGGUUUUGCUCAGUACUGAGGGUGAAAAGAUAUGGAACCUGAAACUGCACAAAAAGAAAGUGACUCAUGUUGAGUUCAAUUCUCGCUGUGACUGGCUGUUAGCUACAGCCUCUGUGGAUCAGACAGUCAAAAUCUGGGAUAUGAGAAACAUUAAGGACAAGUCAAGUUGUCUUCAUGUACUUCCACAUGAUAAACCUGUCAAUGCAGCUUAUUUCAGCCCAACAGAUGGUGCUAAACUACUGAGUACUGACCAGUACAAUGAAAUCCGGGUCUAUUCCUCUUCUGAUUGGUCCAAACCACAGCAUUUAAUUUUGCACCCCCAUCGGCAGUUCCAGCACCUUACACCUAUUAAGGCAACAUGGCAUCCACGUUAUGACCUCAUUGUGGCUGGUCGUUACCCAGAUCCUAAGUUCCCAAGCUACACAGUGGAUGAGCUGAGAACUGUUGACAUAUUUGAUGGAAACAGUGGGGAGAUGGUGUGCCAAUUGCAUGAUCCAAAUGCAUCUGGCAUUAUCUCGCUCAAUAAGUUUAACCCUAUGGGAGACACACUGGCCUCUGGAAUGGGUUUUAAUAUUCUGAUCUGGAGUCGGGAGGAAAUGGUAACCAAGAAGCAGGAAUGUCUCAUGCAAUCUAUGACAGAGCAGGGAAUCGGAUACAGAAGUUUAUCUCAACCAGGAGUACAGAGGCAAAGGCAAUCAAAAACUGGAUCAAGCAAACUCGAAACAAAACUACUCAGUCUUGAAUUAGAGAGCACCAGAACACAAAGCAAAGGAUGUAAAUUACAGGAGAAGAGUAGGAAAGGUAAAGAUUCAAAUGACUAGCCAGGCAAGCAUCUGUAGUGUUGGUUUAGAGCAAAGCCUGUUCUGUCAUGGUAGACAAUGGUGAUUUCAGAAGGAGCAAGGCCUUUACCUUAAUCCAACUUCUCUGGAUCAUGGAUGUUUUCAAAUGCAAAGUAUCCUUUAUUAAGAGCAAAAACAGGUGCAUACUCAGUAUUCACAUGCAUUUAAUUGGGCCAAAGGAGCACCAUAUUUAUGCAUAGUUGCAGAUUUUUAAUUGUCUGGGAUGUAGUACAAAUGCAGAAAACUGGGCUAUGCUGACAGUUCAGUUUGCAUUUUCAGAACUGCCCCUUUUCCCUCCAGUGUAUUGAGCAACCUGUUUGUCCUCCCAUGAUGGGUCUCAAAAUAUCAGCAUUUCCCCCCUAAAGAGGAACAUUAGAAUUCUUUCCCAGCACCACUUCCUCAAGCAAACAUUUUUAGAGGUAACUGUUAACCUAGAGGCGUUGACUUGAAAGCUAAUUGAUAAUCUACCUGUGGCCUAAGUAUAGUACAAAAUCUUCUUGAAGAGGCUGUCUGAGACCAGGUCAGGUGGCUAUAAAAGGGUUUUAUAGUGCAGCAGUUGUUACUGGGAUUUUGUUUUGUUCAUCUCUUGUUUACAGUUUUGAGAUAUUAAAUAAAGUUUUGUAUGGAGCAAUUUUCUUUUGUCAUGUCAGAAAGGCUAAACAAUUCUUCUGACAAGGAAAAAGAUCCAGCAGGUAAUCACAUCCGAAGACCAGAUAUAAAGAGCUUUGCAAAUUUUAUGCCAAAAGAAUAUAAAUUUUGUGAACAGAAUGAAUUAUGCAAGUUUCAGUAACUUUCAUAAUUCUGCUUUCAAGAGCCAGGCUUUCCAAAGCUUGACUCCCCUCCCCUCCCUAAGGACUAUGGAAUGAAAGAAGAAAGAAACGGUUAUGGGCAUUGUGAAAUAGGUUGUUACUUGGCCAGGACUCAAGGAAUAAUAGCCAUGGUAGGAAUGGCAAAUAUGAGAGUUCCCAGCUUUGAUGGCUCAGCUGAAUGCCUGUUUGACUCACCUCUUCUCACAUCCCUUGGUUCUACUUCCAUACAUUUCAGCUGGAUUUCUCUCUCUCUUUUUAAAGAAGCAAUUUAAAGAUGAUACAACUGCUCACCAGUUAUAAACGUCUGUGGGGAUUUCGUAAAUGUGAAGAAUAAAAAAAAAUGUACUGCCUUCAAGUCGAUUCCGACUUAUGGCGACCCUCUGAAUAGGGUUUUCAUGAGGCUGAGAGGCAGUGACUGGCCCAAGGUCACCCUGUGAGCUUCAUGGCUAUGUGGGGAUUUGAACCCUAGUCUCUCAGGCUGUAGUCCUGUAAACAUGUUCCUAUAUAUACACAUGUAUUUACAUAUAGUAAAAAAACACACAAAGUGGAAUAACACAAAAAAAAACACACAAAGUGCAACAGACAAUCUUGGUUUAGAGGCUGAUUUUUUACUAGGGAAAACAGUGAACAACUGAAGUCCUUUGAGGACCUCCUGUCUUUUUCAAGUCACUUAGGAUCCUUAUUAGCUUUAAUGCAAAAAGAUGUAUGGUCCAAUCAAUGUACAUCUCUCCCCCCCCCCCACCAUUGUGGUUGAACUCUGAAACCUGUUCAGAGGAAGAAGGAGCAAGAGUCCUGUCUCCCUUAGCUUCCCCCCCCCAUUAAAAAUCAAAGAAAAUGAUCCAAAUGAAUUACAGAAACAUCAUUCACAAACGCAAGGAAUAAA